AUGCAACCUCCAAUGUACGCAAAAGAAUGGUUAUCCUCUCUGCAUCCUGAGUUGUUUUAUGGACUUCGCAAACUGCAAACCUUGCAUUUACGUUCCAACUCCCUGCGGACUAUCCCAGUCCGCCUUUUCUGGGACUGUCGUAGUCUGGAGUUUCUGGAUUUGAGCACAAAUCGCUUGCGAAGUUUGGCUCGCAAUGGAUUUGCAGGAUUAAUCAAACUGAGGGAGCUUCACCUAGAGCACAACCAGCUGACAAAGAUUAAUUUUGCUCAUUUCCUACGGCUAAGCAGUCUGCACACGCUCUUCUUGCAGUGGAACAAAAUUAGCAACUUGACAUGUGGGAUGGAGUGGACCUGGGGCACCUUAGAAAAGCUAGAUUUGACUGGAAAUGAAAUCAAAGCCAUUGAUUUGACAGUUUUUGAAACUAUGCCUAAUCUUAAAAUACUCCUAAUGGAUAACAACAAGCUAACCACUCUGGAUUCCAAGAUCUUAAAUUCACUUACAUCCAUAACUACAGUGGGCCUCUCCAGCAAUCUGUGGGAAUGCAGUCCAAAGAUAUGUGAAUUAGCCACAUGGCUGAGUGGUUUUCAAGGUCGGUGGGAGCACUCCAUACUGUGCCACAGCCCAGACCACACCCAAGGAGAGGAUAUUCUAGAUGCAGUUUACGGUUUUCAGCUUUGCUGGAAUUUAUCAACUAUUGUUACAUCCAUGGUUACAAGUUACAGCUCUCCAACUACUGAGUAUACAAAAAGAAUAAGCUCAUCAAAUUUCCAUAUGGGAGACAAAGAAAUUCCAACUACUGCAGGCAUAGUCGUUACUACUGAAGAACAUUUCACUGAACCAAACAAUGCCAUCUUCACUCAACGGGUAAUUACAGGAACAAUGGCUUUAUUAUUUUCUUUCUUUUUUAUCAUUUUUAUAGUGUUCAUCUCCAGAAAAUGCUGCCCUCCCACAUUAAGAAGAAUUAGGCAGUGUUCAAUGAUUCAAAACCAUAGACAACUCCGAUCCCAAACACGGCUACAUAUGUCAAACAUGUCAGACCAAGGACCAUAUAACGAAUAUGAACCCACCCAUGAAGGACCUUUCAUCAUCAUUAAUGGCUAUGGACAGUGCAAGUGUCAGCAGCUGCCAUAUAAAGAAUGUGAAGUAUAA